GUCAAAAUCAAUACAAAGAAAAUGGGUGCUAACUAUUCAACAACUUUGCAUGAAGCUCAUACUAUGCCAAUCACACCACAAAUCAAGAGGUCUCAAGUCAUUGUUUUCCACUCUUCAACAAAAUGGAAGCUCCAUUUUGAUUCUUUGAAAGAUACAAACAAACUGGUUGUUAUUGACUUCACCGCAACAUGGUGUGCUCCUUGCAAAUAUAUGGAACCAGUUCUUAAUGACUUUGCUGCUAAAUAUACAGACGUUGAGUUUGUCAAGAUUGAUGUUGAUGAAUUGGCUGAUGUAGCUCAAGAAUAUGGGGUUCAAGCUAUGCCAACAUUCGUGCUGAUAAAGAAGGAUAAGGUAGUUGACAAGAUUGUUGGGGCAGAUAAGGAUGGGCUACAGAAGAAGAUUCAGAAACAUAGAGCUAUCUUCAUCUAAGCAAAUCAAAAGCACACAUAUCGUUUUAAGCAGAACAUACUGAAAUGAUAGUCAUAUAAAAUAAAAGUCAUUAGCUGUCACUAAGAACUAGCUAUGUAUCUUUCAGUUGUGUCUCACUUGUGAUAGUAAAAUUUAAAGAGGCAGAUUUAAGCACUAAUGUUUGGUAUAUUUUGAUUUGAAUAAGUAAAAGUCUUUCUGGUUUCUGUGUUCA